AUGGAAAACAAACGAAAAAGAUCCUUUGAGAGCCAGAGACCAUCCAGGCCCAGCAAGAAAUUGGAUUUGGCAGAAGGAGUUUGGCCAGAAUCUUUUCGAGAGCUAGAAUUGAUUUAUUUUCAUUUAAAUACCUUUUACACUUUUCUCUCUGCAAAAAAGAAUACCGUAACUAGUUUUGAUACUGUGAAGGUCCCUGCUGAAAAACAAAUCAAAAGAAAACUAACCCAUAUUGAUGUUUGCAAAUUGAUAGCAUUAUUGCCAAAUCACACUCUGUUUCGUUAUGUUGAUAAAAGUCAAUUAUCAUUACUAGAGGAGAAGCAAUUUGACAACCACGGAUUUGUUCAAAAAGAAUCUGAUAUUUUCAAAUUAGAAGAUUUAGAAGAUGAAGACGAAGCAAAAAAUCAGGUUCUAUUGUUUGAGUUCACCGAUAGCACACCAAAUCAGAAAAAAGUUAAAAGCUCGUUUUAUUCAAACACUCCAAUAUACACUACUGAGCAAAUAAAGAGAUUAAUUGAUAAAAGAAAAAAACUUUUCGAAGAGGCUGUUAACCGAUUUUUAGAGAAAUGUUCCAAAGAUGAAGAUCCUAUGGAACGUUUAACUGAAAAUGCUAAGAUUCAUUUGCCUAAAUUAAAUACAUUUAUUGACCCAAUUCAAGCAAUGCUAGAAAAUCAAAACGAAAACGAGCAAUCAAAUAGUUUAGAUGAGAGAUGUUCUAUUCCGGAAAUGAUCGAUCUUUUGAAAAAAUCAAGUUUUUAUAAGCAUCAGAUUGUUUCUAAUGGAGAAUUUCACUUUCCAGAAAGAACUCCAAUGUAUUCAUCAUUGAAUUUUGAAUUAUCACCAAAGUUGAUCAAAGCUCUCCACGAUGUGAAAUCUGUUAGAGAAUUUUAUUCGCAUCAAGCUAAAGCAAUAAAUGCUAUUCAUCAAGAGAAAAAUGUUAUUAUAACUACUAGUACAUCCAGUGGAAAGAGUUUAAUAUAUCAAAUACCUGUUUUAAAUAAUUUGAUUGAAUCAAAAAAAGAAACGAAAGAUUUGGAGACUGCGAUUUACAUUUUUCCAACCAAAGCAUUAGCACAAGACCAAAAGAGAUCAUUAUCUGAAUUAAUAGAAGCCAUCCCAAGUUUAGCAAGAAAUAUUUUAGUUGAAACCUUUGAUGGUGAUACUCCGAAAAAUAAACGGUCUUAUAUUAGAGAAAAUGCUCAUAUCAUUUUCACAAAUCCAGAUACUAUUCAUUGGUCUAUUUUGCCUAAUAAUGAAAAUUGGAGCUCAUUUUUAAAAAGACUAAAGUAUAUAGUAGUGGAUGAAUUGCAUAUUUAUAAUGGUUUAUUUGGUUCGCAUGUUGGAUUAGUGAUGCGAAGACUAAUUCGGAUAUGCAAUUAUAUCGGAAACAAUAAUAUUAUAUUUAUAUCAUGUUCAGCUACUUUAAAAACCCCAAUAAAACAUAUGUCAACUCUUUUUGGGUUAAGUGAAUCAAAGGAUUCAAUUUGUCAUAUUUCAAAAGAUGGAUCACCAUCUGGUGAAAAGUAUUUAAUAGCUUGGAAUCCCAUAUUAGUUAAUAAAAACAAUCAUGAACAUAAACGAGAAUCAUUUAUUGUUGAAUCUGCUAGGAUAUUAAUUGAAUUAGUGAAGAAUAAUUUUAGAGUGAUAAGCUUUUGUGUUGUAAGAGAAGUAUGUGAAUUAUUAAUGAAGGAAGUUAGAUAUCAGCUUAAAGAAAUAAAUAGAUCUGACUUGAUCGAGAAGAUUAUGGCAUAUCGUGGAGGAUAUUCUGCAUCCGAUAGACGAGAAAUUGAAUUUCAAAUGUUUAAUCAAAAUUUAAAGGCAAUUAUUGCAACAAAUGCUCUUGAGUUGGGUAUAGAUAUUGGGUCAUUAGAUGUUGUAUUAAACUGUGGAUUUCCUAUAUCUCUUGCAAAUUUCAAGCAGCAAAGUGGUAGAGCUGGAAGAAGAAACAAAGAUUCAAUGACAUUAUUUGUUGGUAGUAAUGAUCCUGUUAAUCAAUUUUACAUGAAAGAUCCCAACAAAUUGAUCAGUAAUAAUUAUCAGGAAUUGGUGUUAGAUUUUAAAAAUUUAGUAAUUUUAGAGUCACAUAUUCAAUGUGCAGCAUUUGAAUUGCCAAUUAACAUUGAAACAGAUUCCAGGAUUUUCUUUGGAGAGGAAUUUUUAGAAAAAAUUUGUGAAAAGAGUUUACGAAAGGAUGAUUAUGGAUACAAUACAAGUGAAAAAUAUUUACCUUGGCCAAGUUCUUUUGUUAAUUUAAGAGGGGAUUUUGAGGAUAAAUUUGCAGUAGUUGAUGUAACCAAUGGACGGAAUAUAGUUAUUGAAGAAAUUGAAAAAACUAGAACUACAUUUACGUUGUAUGAUGGAGGGAUUUUUAUCCAUCAGGGCUUGCCAUAUUUAAUCAAGGAGUUUAACCCUGAAGAGUUUUAUGCCAAAGUGAUUCGGGUUAAUGUUGAUUGGAGAACAAACCAAAGAGAUUACACAGAUGUUGAUCCGAUAGAAGUUGAAAAGGCAAUAAAGGCAGAUUGUCCAAUUUAUUUUGGUAAGGUCAAGAUCACGAUGGUUGUAUUUGGGUUUUUCAAAGUUGAUAAGAAAAAUCGAAUUUUAGAUGCAGUACAAGUUACUAAUCCUCCAGUUAUUAUUGAUACAAAGGGGUUUUGGAUAAAUGUUCCAAAGGAAGCUAUCUCGAUGGUAAGAAAAAAGGAGUUAUCAUUAGCAGGUGGAAUUCAUGGAGCGCAGCAUUGCAUUGCUAAUUUGUUUCCAUUGAUUAUUUUUAGUGGAAAAGAUGAUAUAUUUAGUGAGUGCAAAGCACCAGAGAAAGAAUUUGCAAACAGGCAAACUAGUCGACAACGACCAGCCAGGUUAAUAUUUUGUGAUUUUAAAGGUGGAGUAUACGGGAGUGGAUUGUGUGAGAAGGCAUUUGAGAAUAUUGAGGAAAUAUUGGAGGAAUCGUUAAAGAGAAUUAUUGAAUGUGAUUGCGAGUAUGGAUGUCCCGAGUGCAUUGCUUCAGGGUCGUGUAAAGAGAGUUCGUUAGUUUUGUCGAAACCCGCAGCAGUUAUAAUUCUUUCAGUGAUUUGUGGAUACGAAAUUGAUUUGGAUUCCAUACCCAAGGGACCAGAGAUCAAUAUGCCGUUAAUUAAGACUGAGACUAUAGUUGCCAGUGGAGAUAUAAUUAAGAGGAAUAAAAAGUUUGAGGUUGUUGAGCCUAAAAAGGAUUGCAGAAUAAUGAAGAUGAAUAAAGGGAAGAUUGUUUAUAAGAGGAAUAAAAAAGAAAGUGAGAUAGUAGGCAAUGGAUUUGGAAGUGAUGAGUUUGAAAGUGAUCCAUUUGGAGACGAUGAUGAUGAUGAAUUUUUUUGA